AUGGCCCAGAAUUUGCGUCACCUUCAGAUGCUCGAACAGCUGGGCAUCCAGCAAUUGCUGGAGUUGACCGUCGGUGGUGGGGUCGAGGGCGACGAUUCAAGCGAAGGGGCUGAAGACGGCGUCGUUCAGGUCAUGACGAUACCCGGCCGAAAAUGCCCGACGUGUGGAGCUAAGGGCACAACCGUUUGGGUCAUCCCGGGAAAAGCCUGCCCGGCUUGCGGAACAGUUGUGACCUGA